AAAUAAAAAUAAAAAGUAUAUAUUAUUAAAUAAUUUUAUGAUUAGUUUAAUGAAAAGUAUUUCCUCCGUUCCAGUUUAAUUGUCGUUGUAGAGUAAAAUUUUUGUUUUAAAAUAAGUGUCGUUUUAAGAUUUCAACACAAAAUUUAUUAACAAUAUUCUACAAUUUAUUUUUCUAAAUAUGGUUAGGUAUAUGGGUAAUAAAGUUUUUAUUUUCAUAAUAUAUAAAAUUAAAUAUUAUUUUAAUCUGUAUGCCUAAACUUAAGACGAUAACUAAAAUGAAACACAUAGAACAUAAUAUAUGUUUAGAUGGACUAACAUAUUUAUCUAGAGAUUUUAAGAAACAUUGUAAUGAUGACACGUGUCAUGAUAUCAUGACUAAAAUUAUUCCUCAGCGCGCCACAUCAGCGUUUUGUAGGCUCUACUUUUAAAAAGUGUAAAAAGUGUCAACCUCAUGGCUCGAACUCUGGUUAUUGACAUAUAUACACCAACAUUUAUACAACUAAGCUAAAUGAUACUUUGCCCAUUGAUGCCUAAACCUAAUAUAUAUUUAUGAAGGUCGGAAGCUAUUGCUUCUUUGGCUUCCUCUGAGGGUCGGGCCUACAAGUGUAUUAUGGGUUUCAUUUUUAAAUGUGAUUCAUCACGUUAUACGAAAAAACCCAAGUUUGCAAUAAUUAUAGUUUUCUCGUAUUGUAAACUGUUGUCGUUUAACAUGAGUUUGGGUUCUUUUCAUCAUUGUUUCAAACAUAUCUGAGUUACAGAGUUGCGUUGUGUGUUUGUUCGUAAUCUAUUUUUUCACCGGUGAACUCUUCAUGUCCUCAUCUUAAAUCGCUUAAUCAUAAAUGUUCCUGAUUUGUAGCCUCUCUGUAAACCCUAUAUACAGUAUAACAUCUUUAAAUUAAUACUCUAUAAAUUAAUAUACACUAAAAAUCUCUAUAAAAUAGUAUAAUUUUAUAUUCCAUAAUUGAGUUUUUGGUAAUAUCUCUAUAAAUUGAUUAAAAAAAUUAUAUUUUUGGUGUAGUCCCAAUAUUAUUAAUUUAUAGAGGUUUUACUGUAUAUGAUUCUCAUCUUUGAUGAACCCAAUCUGCAUCUCCACAAAACUCAUUGAUUCCACUUAGCUUUAACCAUUUUCUAGAAAAUGUUUCUCUAGGCCUCUCCAGUUCCUCAAACCGGCGUCCCGGCGUCCGUCACUCAACCUUCGAGUCUCUCCGUCUUGGUCGUAGUAGUCAGAGCAUAGCCUCUGGCUUCCUCCGCUUCUGGGAUUCCCUGAACUUCAAAAAAGAUAGGGAGUUUGUCGGAAUCACGGUUCUCUUCCUUGAUGAAAAUGUAAGUUAAUCUUCGAUCUAUCAGACUUUAUUUAACAUAAUUAUUUUAAUUGAUUUCCUGAUUCUUUGUUGAAUAAUAUUAUUUGGAGAUUCUGUGAUUCAUGGGUUUGCUCCCGUUAGACGUGCAAAUCACUACAAGCCAUCUUUGAAAGCAUGUUCCAUUGUGAAAGUCGAUUGUUUUGAGGUUGCUAGGUGCUCAAGCAUGUACAAGAUAACUGAUCAUCCAUUCCUCAUUCAUUUCAUUUCACUAACCGUUAUUGAUGAAGUCAUCACGGGUGCUCCUAAGAUCAAUCUCCAGUCAAAAUUAGACUGUUCGACAAUCUCCAAGUGAUUGCGAACACAAACUUAGAACUCCAAGGUAUAUUAUCAUAUUUCAUUUGGGUUUAUAUUAUGUUAUCAUAACUGAUAUUUAAACUCGCAGAUAUGGUUGGGAAAAUCCAUUCGUUCCAGGGCUCUGAUCUCACCAAAGAAACAACUCGUGUCGUUAUCCGUCUCCUUAUUGAUCCGUAAGAAAUAAUCAACACAUAAUUCACUUUAUAUUACUGUAUAUAUUGUGCUAACAUCAAUAAUCAAAAAUAUUUCCUACCCAAAAUUUGUUAUCGUCUAUUUAUCUGCCUUACCUAUCAAUCUAAUUUCACACAAAUUUUUAUUUUACAACUUAAAAUAACCACAAUAACUCAAACAAUCAGAACACCAAAAAUUAGAAUCCUAAAAAAGGCGAAUCAUUAAUGAUCACUUCUCCUUUUGUCUAAUCUUACAAAUAAACUUCAAAACAAAUAUAUAUCAAACCAAUCAACUCAACUAAAACUCAACGAUACAUAUAUUGAGCCAUCUAAACAAAUACAAACUACACGACCAGCUAUUUAACAAUUUACACGAAGACGACAACCAAGAUCAGUGAAAUUACCUAAACAAAAAAGCAGAGUAAGUUACAAACUCUAAUAAAUACAAUUAACAAUGAUUUUUGUUUACAUAUUACCCGUCAAAUAAAAGAGAAACAAACACAUUCACACGAGGAGAUACAAGAGACAUUCCCAACAAACACAAAUGCGGCAACAACAUCUCCACCUGCUCACUCUUUUUGUCUUAUGAAAAUAGCUUACAUGUUCAAUGUCAACAGGUCAAUGCUAUUGUCUUCUUAUGAGAAAUACAUAUAUUCGUUUAAAACCCAUUAAGGUCCAAAUACUAAUUGUCACUCAUUUUAUAGUUAUUUAUACAUUUGUUUUAAAGGUCUACUAAAAGCAACAAGUUUAAAAAUAAAAAAAUACAUAUAACCAACAUAAUAAGAAUAAAAAAAUUACUUAAUACACACAACUUACACAAUUAAAAUGGAGAAAAAAAUAUCCAGAGACAAAAUAUACUCUUAACAACUUUAAUAUAAUUUAUGUAAUCUUAACAAUACAAGUAACAAAUUAAAAAGACAAACAAAUAAUAAGUAAGUUUCAGUGACACAACAAGCAACACCAGGAACUAUAUCAAUCAUAUUACUAACACAGUUUAGUCAUUCAUGAGUGGAGAACAAUGCAUACACAUUUCAUUAUCACAACUCUAAUCCUAUAACAAUAAAAAAACUUGAAAAACAAUGAUCAACCCAAAACGUAAAAUUCACAUCUACAAUAACCGUAACAUAUAUUGAGUUGAAACAAGAACUCUGUCCAUAACUCCGCGCUUGCGCAGAGGCAAUGCCUCUAGUGCAUCUCAAAUAACACAGUUAACGAGCUGGGUUGAUACACCGCAUUUCACUAUUACUCGAGGGCAAAAAAACUCGAUCUCCAGCAUUGAUCCUCCAAUUUUCCCCAUACAUCACCGUCUACGCAUCCGACUAAUAAACGCUGACGUUUUCGAACACGGCCCAAAAUAUAUAGAAGCCGCCUCAGACUUUGGUGCGGUGUGUGGGUUCACGUGGCUGGUUCAAUACUCCUAUCAGCCCAAUUAAAUAUUUUUAUAAGCCCACAAUGCCUACUCUUUUAGGCCCAUUAAUAACCCAAACGUGAUGAACUCAAGCCGUUACUGAACCAGAAGUUGAAUAGAGACGCCACCGAACGACUUCACUCCUGCAGUUUCCAAUUCGCUCCGUCGUCAGCUCCUCCCAAAUUUCCCCCGCCGCAAGACGAUCUCAACCAUUCUUUUGCUCUCGAAACAUCAAUCGCCAUCCCUUUGAGGCUUCUCGAUGGGAAAGUGGAACAAUCGGUCCAGAUUCAACCGUCGCAGAUCUCCUUCGCGAUGGUAUAGUGAAAGACCUUCUUCUUCUUCUGGUAUUCUCCUGGUUAUGGUGAAGACGAUGGGAUUCCAGUAUGGGAGAAGAGAUUCUGCGAAAUGAUUGGAUCAGUGCCAUGGCGAAAAGUUGUUGAAGCUACGAACUUCAAGAGCUGGUACACAGGUAACGUUAUCACUUGGGAUGAUUCCGCUUGUCAAGAGACUUUCCACAACGAGAAGAAACGGUUUUGGUCUCAAGUUAAUGGAGUUCACUGUGAUAUAUCUCUUCCUGAUCCGGAUCUUUACGUUAGUGAUGUGGAUUGGGACACUACGGUUGACCCUGAACUGAUUAGUGAUUUAGAAGGGGCUUACUUUGCGCCUCCUGAUGAUGAGGUUAAGUCUGGUUUGAAACGAGGGAGAAGAGACAUGAGUUGGAGUGGUUGUAGUAACCUUGUCCCUAUUGAAGAGGCUCGGAUGUUGAAGAUUCCGUGGGAGUGUAGUGAGGAAGUUCGUGAUGUUGAUGGUUCUGUGAAGAAAGGGAAUGGCUGGAACGUAGCAGAGAGUAGUAGUGAUCAUCCAAGUGAUAGGACAAGGCCGUGGGAAGCUAAGCCUAGUUUUGGUAACGAGAAAGCAAAUGAUACAAUGUCUGGGGAUUGCUUAUGGAAGGAGAUUGAGUGGAAAACUGAAGAUAAGGGUAACGACAGAUGGGGUCAGGGAAACGAUGGAUGGGAACAGUCAGGACAACAAAACAAGAAGGCGAAAGGUUCUGAAAGUGUGCCAGCCAGAGAGGAUGAAAUGCUCGACAAUCCUUGGGAAGCCAAGCUUAGCUGUAGAAAGGAGACAGCGGAAGAUACGACUUGGGGAGGUUGGUCUGGUAAGGGUUGGGAUGAUAGAGGUUGUGGCAGUGGUGGAUGGGAAAAGCGAGAUAUGGAGAUGAAUGAGUGGCGUCGUACGAGAUGUAGUCAGGAUUAUAGGGAGCCAAGGAGUUAUAAUCCAUGGAAAGCUGGCUUUGGGCCUGACAAUACAGCUCGGAGAGAGUAUGGGGCUAAUGCAGGCGGUUGGCAAACACGUAGAGUGAGUGAGACGAAUCGAAGAGAAUGGGAUGUGAAACGAUCGAGUGAUGGUUGGGGUAGGCGAAACAGAGAAAGAGAUGAAUCAUAUGGAUACAACAGUAACUACAGAAACUCUAGGCCUAUAAGGGAUGAUUAUCAGAACAGGAAGGUCAAUUUCUAAUCUAAGUAGGUAAUGUAAUCCAUAGUUCUCGGGGAUGUGUUGAUGUUAUAUUAGUUUAAGUUGUGAGUCAUUAAAAUGCCUAUAGAAAUUCAAAGGGUAGGGUUUAUGUUUCUUCUUCAUAGGUCAAGUCCUUUAGUGGAUAUUACCCUUUUUGAUGAUGCUGUUUCAUACUAAACUAUCCAAAGUUUUUGCCUUUGUGACUGGAAUAUGAUAAUGUUUCUUUCUAGAGUGGUUUUAAUCACAUUUCACCUAA